UAGGCAACGCUGAAUGGCCUCACCCCCAGGCCUUGGCUGUCAGUGCGCCUGCGCGCGAGCAGGGCGCCGAGGUUCUUGAGUCUGCUGUGCCGAAAGUCCGUGGUGGCCAUGCCGAGAGGCGACUUGGAGCAGCCGGCGAAGCGGCCUCGCUGCGAUGGCAGCCAGAGGACCCCACCGAGCACCCCUCCUGCAGCGGGGGUCGCGUCUCCGGGCCCGGAACUGCACCCCGACUACCGCACCUGGGGCCCGGAGCAGGUGCGCGCCUUCUUAGAGAAGAGCGGCUUCGGAGAGCUCAAACUCCUCCAGAGCUUCCAAGAAAAUAAAAUCACUGGUUCAUUUCUGCCCUUCCUUGAUGAAUCUCUUCUUGAAAAUCUUGGAGUAAGUUCCUUGGAGGGGAGGAAGAAGCUGAUUGGCUGUAUCCAAAAACUCAGUCAAACUCAUGUUGAGUUAAUGAAGGUAUUUAAUGAUCCUAUCCAUGGCCACAUUGAGUUCCACCCUCUCCUUAUCCAAAUCAUUGACACACCUCAGUUUCAGCGACUUCGAUACAUUAAACAGUUGGGAGGUGGUUACUAUGUUUUUCCAGGAGCAUCACACAAUCGAUUUGAACAUAGUCUAGGAGUUGGGUAUCUAGCAGGAAGUCUAGUUCGAGCACUGGCUGAAAAACAACCAGAACUACAGAUAAGUGAACGAGAUAUGCUCUGUGUUCAGAUUGCUGGACUUUGCCAUGAUCUUGGUCAUGGGCCAUUUUCUCAUAUGUUUGAUGGAAGAUUUAUGCCACUUGCUCGCCCAGACAUAGAGUGGAGGCAUGAACAGGGCUCAGUGGAGAUGUUUGAGCAUCUGGUUAAUUCUAAUAAACUCAAACCUGUCAUGGAACACUAUGGUCUCAUCCCUGAGGAAGAUAUUUGCUUUAUCAAGGAACAAAUUUUGGGACCACCUAUAACACCAAUCAAAGAUUGUUCGGUAAGUUUUUAUUCAAGUUCUUUGUAACAAACGUGCUUUUCAUCUAAUCACUUCUUGAUUUCCUCAGAGCUACAUUGACUAUUUCAGAGGGACUGAAAUAUAAGUCACAUGCAUCUGCCUUUUAAUGCAAAAUAAAUGAAAGAUCU